AUGUUUUUGAUAUGUACUAUCGGUACUGCAUGCGUUUACACGGUGUGGACCGUUGCAUCGGCCAGAUUUGCUAUUGAGAAUUCGUCACGGGCUGCUAUUCCAGUCCUUGUUUUCAUCUAUCUCUACUCUCCGUUCUACAACAUUGGAUGGAACGCUCUCACAUACACUUACAUGGUUGAGCUGUUCCCCUUCAGCGUCAGAUCUCAGGGAAUCGCCGUUGAGCAACUCACUGUUCGGUUUGCUGUUUUCUUCAACACUUACGUCAACCCUAUCGCUCUCAGCUCCAUCAAGUGGAAGUAUUACAUCGUGUACUGCGUUUGGAUUCUGGUUGAGAUUGCCACUGUCUACUUUGUCUUCCCUGAGACCCAUGGAAGAACACUCGAAGAGCUGAGUUUCAUGUUCGAGGGUAAGGAAGUGCAGGAUAAGGUGCAUAAGAACGCCCAGAAGGUACUCCAGGUGGAGCUCGAAGAUGUCCGUGCUAGGACCGGAUCGCAGGAGGAGCCCCGGGACACGAAGGUCUAA